AUGUCUUCCAGAGAGCGGGCCGCUAGCGGCAUACCAGGCCACACCAGCGCGGAAGUCGGUCAGGCGUCGAUUCCAACACCCGACCCGCCAUUUAUUCGGUGGAUCAAGGAGCAGCACGCUGCCGCCUUGACCCGCUGCGAUGCCGACGGUAACGACGGCUUCAGCGACGACUUCGGCGACGACUACGGCGAUGGCGACGAUGGCGGAAGCGACGCCGAAAACGACGGCGAGUCGGGCGACUCGUACGAUAUCGACGAGUACCACAGAGGGCUGCCAGGAAGGCCGUUUGACUUAACAGACGAUAUGUUUCGAGACGGAGAAACGGAUCGAGUCAGAGAAACGGAUCGAGAGUGGGAAACCGAUGCAGAGGCCGAGGUGGGUCGCGUGGGGGAACGGGAUUUCGGAGUCCCAUGGCACGAAAUCCAGGCAGGCGAAACGGAAGGGGAGGGAUUAACGGAGCACGCGGCGCGGAAGAUGCGGCAGUGGAGCAACGCGGAGCUGAUGGAGCUCGCAGCGGCUGUCGUUUUCUGCCGGCACAGCGGGGAAGUCACGCGGCGGAGAGGCAGCAGGGGGAACGCUUACUGGCGGCAGGUGUGGCGCGUGAUCCGGCGGGGGAAUCCCGAAUGGCGGCGCAUCCCGACGGCGAUGUCGCAGCAGUGGAAGCGAAUGAAAUCGCGCUACGACGCGGAAACUCUCGAUCCACGGCGGAAGCGGCGGCAGCGGCGGGGGACGGGGUGGUGCCCCGCAAAUGGGACGACGGGCACGGAGCAGCUGGCGGGGGGCGCGGAGCAGCUGGCGGGGGGCGCGGAGCAGCUGGCGGGGGGCGCGGAGCAGAGAGGUGGCGCGAGACAGCAGACGGGGGGCGCAGAGCAGUGGGCAGGGGGCGUGGGGGGACAGCAGGCGGAGAGCGCGGAGCAGCAGGCAGAGAGCGCGGAGCAGCAGGCAGGGAGCGCGGAGCAGCAGGCAGGGAGCGCGGAGCAGCAGGCGGGGGGCUCGGCUCAACAGCGGCAGGGGGGGUCUACUAACGCGGAUGAGCGGGCCAUAGCAGAGGAGAGCACAUUCGGUAGGAAUGGGUCGAAACCACCAGCAUGGUUUGAAUACAUUCGCAUGUUCUAUCAGACUGAGCUGCAGGCGAGGAAAGACGUUGCUGCGAAAAGGACUAGAAGAGCAGCUAGAGCGUCAGCAGCAGCUGUUGUCGCGACGGCCUUUACUGCAACGAAUCAGCCUGCUGAAAUGUCAGCGUACGCGUUUCCUGAGAGGAUUGGUUUAGGGUAUGGGGGAUUCGACAACAGGCUGCUGCGCCUGCCUGGUAACAGGGUUACGUUGGCUGCUGGCUCUACAGCCCCCCUGCCCGCUACAUCCCCUCUUCUUGCUACAGCAGCCCUGCCUGCUACAGCAGCCCUGCCUGCUGCAAAUUUCCAGCCGACAAGUUAUGAGCCUGCUGCAGCCUACAGACUAGCGGCGGCGUCACCGGGUAAUUUGGCUGCUGGGGGGGGAGCCGUGCGUGGUAGGGCUGGUAGACGGGAGCAGCGGGAGCGGAAUGAGAGAAGAUUUGCAAGGACGGGAACGGAGGGGUUCACAGGAGGUGGAACGGAUUCGAGUGCAGGGGUUUUGGGCGAGAGGGUGGGUGAGAGGGUGGGGGAGAGAUUGACUGCAGCCAUGGGUGCUGCAGUGAGAAAUGCAUGUGUUCAGUUUGAUGAGCUCACUCGGGAGUUGCUGCAGGAUGCUAAUUCAAGAUUUGAGGAGCUGUCGCAGCGAUUGGCGGAGAUUGCUUGUGUGCAAUUUGAAAAGAUUGCGAAGGAAUUAGUGGAGGAGUGUGUAACUGCCAGUAGAGAUGGCAAGAGGCGUAAGAAGUAG